AACUUGUAACAAAUAUUUGGAGAAAAUAAAGAAGCUAUUGGUGCCCUCUUCUUGCUUCAAGAUCAGAAAACCUUUCGAUCCUAGUUCCAAUUCCAAGCAAGAAACAAUGGCUAACGCUGCUAUCAGUGCUGCUGUUAAGGUCGUCUUGGGGACACUUAUUUCCAUUGCUGCGGACCGCAUUGGUAUGGUUCGGGGAGUCGAAGCGGAAUUGGAGAGACUAAGCAAAACUGCUGCAAUGAUCCAAGGUUUCUUGGCUGAUGCUGACGAGAAAAUGCAUACCCAAGGGGUGCGAGAGUGGCUCAAACAGCUAGAGGAUGAGGUUUUUAAAGCUGAUACCGUGCUGGACGAGCUCUACUACGACAAUCUUCGUCGGGAGGUGAAGUACCGAAAUCAACCAAUGAAGAAGAAGGUAUACUUCAUCUUCUCCUCCUUUAAUGCAAUUGGUUUUAGUUCCAGCUUGGCUUCAAAGAUCCGGCACAUCAACACCAGCCUAGAAAGGAUCAACCAACGAGCCCGUGACUUGGGAUUGGACAUUAAGUACCAAAUUGAAGCUGCACCCCUGCUGAUGCCGCUGGUGCCAGACAGACCGACUCUAUUGUCGUUCCGAACGUUGUAGGAAGAUCCGGCGACGAGUCAAAGAUUG